AUGGACCCCAGCUGCAUCAUUCUUAGUUGCAUUCUGUUCCUACAAAUGAUCCUGUUGUUGGGUAUGCUAAAUCCUAUUUACGAUGUCCGAGUCGUCACCUACAAUAUCAACUGUUUCACUAAAUAUUUUAAAAAGUACUACAUAAUGGGAAUUUUCGCUUAUUUUGCUACUAUCAUCUACCAUGGCAUGUACAUUCCUCUUCAGAACAUCAUACGGCUGAUAUUUUCUAAAAACAUUUACGAGGUCGAAAAACUAAUCUUGCUGAGUCGUGUCGAAAAGAAUUAUAUAAUUGCUGGGUUCUCUCUGUUCUUAUUGGUCGUAACUUUCGCGGUAAAAGCUUUGCUUUCGUACACGGCAAGUCUGGCUGAAAUAUGCAGAAGGAGCGAACCUUUGGUGCUCUCUCCGGGGUCGAUGAAAGAGAAAAAAAUGAUUUCAAACGAAAACAUACUAGCCAAUUUGCUACGCGUCAAAAGGUCUAUUUCGUAUGAGACUAUUAUGUUUGCGAACGACAUGAGAGAACAAUUUAAGACUAUGAUCAAGAGCAUGGAUACGCCGCAGAGUCAAGAGCCCCUUUCUAGUAUCGUGGAGUCUACGAAUGGUUACGUACUAUGA